AUGUCGGCCAACCUACCCUACACUUGCAACACCUGCCUUGUUGCCUUCCGCAGCAGCGAUGGCCAGCGCGACCACAUGCGCACAGAUUGGCAUCUGUAUAACAUGAAGCGCCGUGUUGCCUCCCUCCCUCCUGUUUCCCAAGAAACAUUCAACGACAAGGUUCUCGCAGCCAAAGCCACCUCCACCGCGGCCGCCGCCAAGGCGUCGUUUGAGAAAACCUGUCUCGCAUGCCAGAAGUCGUUUUACAGCGAAAACUCGUACCAGAACCAUGUUAAGAGCUCAAAACACAAGGCCCGCGAGGCCCGGCUGGCCAGAGAGAAUGCAGAUGAUUCGUCGUCCGUGAUGAGCUCGACCUUCUCGCUUGGAGAGCCGAUCAACAAGUCUCGUGAUGGCGAAGCCAGUGUGGCUACGGUUACCGAGGGACUCAAGGAGGCGACAAUCAAGGAAGAGGAUGAGGAUGAAGAGCUAGUUGAUGCCGAUUUGGAUUCGUCAACCAAUUGUCUAUUCUGCAAUAACGAGUCAGCCAACGUCGAAGAAAACACAGACCACAUGUUCAAGAGCCACGGCCUGUUCAUCCCCGAACGAUCCUACCUCUCAGAUCUGAAGGGCCUCAUCCACUACCUCUGGCGGAAGAUCAACGAGAACAGCGAGUGUAUCUACUGCCACUCUAUUCGAAACACCCCAGAGGCCAUCCGUACACACAUGAAGGACAAGAGCCACUGCAUGAUCGCCUUCGAGACUGAAGAUGAGCAGAUCGAAAUAGGUCAAUUCUACGACUUCCGAAGCACCUACUCUGACGACGAAAACGACGAUGAGGACGAGGAAAUGGCCGACGGUGGCGUCAAGGUCUCAGGCUCUGACGGCGACGAGGACGGCUGGGAAACAGACGCCUCCUCCGUUGACGACGAAGACGAAUCAUUCGGAAAGAACGCCCCCGCAGUCUACAGAACAGAAUACGAACUCCAUCUCCCCUCCGGCCGCACAGCUGGCCACCGCUCCCUUAACCGCUACUAUCGCCAGAACUUACACAGCUACCCUAGUGUACAGGAACGGGUUGAGCGACAGCUUGCAAUUGCGAAUGGCGAGAUCGAAGAGGAAGAGAAGCCCCGCGGCCGCAAUGCCAACCGCGCCCUUGUUACACGUGCCAACGGCGGUACUGGUAUGAUUGGUGUGGCGGAUACUCAGAAACGGACUGUCCUGGAGGGAGAACGCAAGGACCGGACGAGGGCUAUUCGUCAAGAACAGCGGUAUACGGCUCGUGUCAACCGGGCAGCGAACAACCAAAAGCACUUCAGGGAUCCCCUUCUGCAAUAG